AACGAGCUCGACAUCGAAGGCAGCGUGCGAGGGGAGCAUGACGGUGGAAGUCACAUGCAGAGAAGGCGGGGCGCGCGUCGACCCAGGGCCAUCGCCGCUACUUGGCACUCAGCCUCCGUUCCUCCUCGACCCUCACGUCCACAUCCCCGCCGCCCUUGACAGUAGCAAUGGGCGAUUCUGCGACGUUGACCUCUGUGCUCGAGUCCCAGACUACGCUUCUUCAAGAAGCCGCGCUCGCGCUCCCCCAUUCGUUCUCGCAGUGCACCUACUCGCUCGGACACAUCCGCCAGGCCGUUUACCUCUGUCUUACCUGCGCUCGCGCGUCCCCCUCAUCUACACCUCGUGGAAUAUGCUCAGCGUGCUCCAUUGCAUGCCAUACCGACCACGAGCAGCUCGAGCUCUUCCCGAAGCGCGGUUUCCGCUGCGACUGCCCGACGCGUGCCCUCGCGCAUGCAUGCACUUUGCACACCGCUCUCGAAGAGCCCAAUGAGACGAACGUAUACGGGAGCAACUUUCAAGGCGUGUUCUGUCGGUGCGGACGCCCGUACGAUGCGGAGAAGGAGCGGGAGACGAUGAUCCAGUGUCUUGCCUGUGAGGAUUGGUUCCAUGAAUCAUGUCUGAACCUCCGCGAGCGCCCGUUAUCGCGCGAGCCUACCCCCGCCGCGGAACCCGCAGGAGAUGACGGCGCGUCGGACGCGUCGUCGUCGGGACUACCCCCGCCGCUCAUCCGUGCGGAUGACUAUGACGUCCUUGUAUGCGGGGCGUGUGUACGCGGGAUCGACGCUCUGCGACGACUGGCGGGCACCCCGGGGGCCAUGAUGGUUGUGCGUUCUUCCGAAACCGAACCAUGGCAAGUCGUCGGGCAGGAAGACACGAAAGAGGCUGCGUCGGUCGAUAUCGAGAGCAAGGAUGAGAAGCCUACAGAAGAUGUCUCGAAUGUUCCCGCCGCGGGAGAGAAACGCGAGCGGUCACCUACGAAGGAGGGGGAACCUCAAGCGAAGAGGGCGCGGGUAUCUGCAGAGGCGGAGACCCCUCCGCCAUGCUUGGCCCCUCCUCAGGACCCUAGGAUAUCCCGUCUACUGUCCGAUUCACAGCCGAACACAUCUAACGAUGACGCGCCAGCGUCCUUACCUGGGAGUGCUGAGGAAUACAUGGGGUGCGGAGACGUCUUUCUCACCGAAGGGUGGAGAGACCGGUGGUGUCAUUGUAAGAGUUGUCAUCCAUCGCUACAAUCCCACCCGUUCCUGUUGGAGGAGGAAGAAACAUACGAACCCCCGGAAGAUCCGGAUUCCGGUCUGUCGCUCGAAGAGCUCGGAAUGCGCGCGCUGCAGCGCCUUCCCCGCGAGAAAGCGCUAAAUGGUAUCAUGGAGUUUAACGCCAUGCGCGACGACCUCAUGAAACACCUUCGCCCAUUUGCAGAGAAUGGCGAGGAGGUGAAGGAGGCGGAUAUCAGGGCCUUCUUCGACGCGCGGAUCCAGCAAAUCCGGUCGAAGCGACAGUGACUCCCGCAAGCCCGUCCGAUCCUGUAUACUCGUGCCAAGUCCCCUGUACUGUAGAAGGCUAUUGCAACGCACUUUUUCCCGGCGCCUCCUGCCCUGCGCGAAGGUCAACCGCCCGCUGCGACCAGUGCGGAAGUUCGGGUGCUUGGUGUCUCUAUUUACGACCCGCGUCCAUGGACGAGACCCCGUAUACGGCACGCCGGAACGGGUCGGGUCCCCCGAUGUCUCCUGAAAUGCCGUACUCGCCCCUGGGCUCUGGCCACAAGCGUGCGCUCGUCGUCGUCCCGGCCAGGCCAACAGCGAGCAAGCCCCUGGGCCCAUCCUCGCCGGCAUGGAGCAUGUAUGCUGCCGACGCGGAAGCGCUGCGCGCGAAGGAGGCCCGAGCGCGCGAAAGUGGCACAACACGCGGAUGUCACGGGACCGCAGGGUGCACGUGACAGGACUUGUUGAUCGUGAAUAGGUGGAGGGUUCAGUUGCAGCCACGACCAGUCGCAUCUUGUCCCCCGACCGCUACCAUCCCCUCCCUUUCC